AUACAGGUACGAUAUCAUACAUCCACUUUUUGGCAUCGGCACACUCUUUAGCAGAAAGUUCCUACUCUCUCCACCCGAACCCUUUUUUCGAUUCUACUGCUAUCAUACUAUAAGUCACGGCACCCCGCGGCCCUGAUGUGGUUGUCACUCUCUACCACUCCCCCGGUAUUCCAUUCUUAAGCCCCACCUGAUUCAGUCUAACUAACUAGACUAACCACUACCACCCACCGCACCCCCGAGAACAAUAAACUCCUAUCAACCCAAAAACCUUCCCCCCUCCCUCCAAACCUCCCACUGCUUCUUAACCACUUCCCCGCCACUUAACCCUACCACUGUAACCGGGCAACACCCCCAACGACAAUAUUUACCUACUUAUCAAACCUACCUACCCACCUGCUACCCAUCGUAUCCCCACGUCACAAUUCUCAUCACCUUCUAUCAACGGCUCCGCUUCCCUCACUCGCCCACUCGCCCACUCGCCCACUCGCCCACUCCGCGCCGAACGAGAGGGAGAGAGCACAGCAACCAAACAAGAUCAACCAACGGGUACCAGCUGCUGAACCCUUAGCGCCACCAAGGCUCCCAUUACCAUAAUCACGUCUGUUACUCGCCAACCCAUAGCUUUCCCAUAUCCACCCACUCUAUCUACCUCACCAUCUCACUAUCAUACACACUUCCCCUGCUCCCGGAUUUUUCCUUUCCUUUCCUUUCCUUUAUUUGCUAUCGUAUCCCUUGUUUGUUUUUGCUACUAGAAUACCCUGCGUACUUGGAAAGAUGUUGAAAAUCUGGUCUAUGAAGCAACAGCAGCAGGCUGCGUCUGCCGCGGAGGGCGGGCAGAAGAAGAAAAAGGUUACCGCUGCUCAGUUGAGGGCUCAGAAAGAUUUGUCAGAAUUAUCUUUACCUCCAACUAUCAGGAUGCACAUGCCUGACCCCGAAGAUAUCUUGAACUUUACGUUGACUAUUGAGCCGGAUGAAGGGAUGUACAAGUGCGGUUCAUUCAACUUUACUUUUGCCAUCAAUAGCAACUUCCCGCACGAACCCCCGAAGGUUAAGUGCACACAGAAAAUAUAUCAUCCAAACAUUGACCUUGACGGGAAUGUCUGCUUGAAUAUCUUGAGAGAAGAUUGGAAGCCCGUAUUGAAUCUUAAUGCUGUUAUUGUUGGGUUACAGUUCCUCUUCCUAGAACCUAAUCCAUCCGAUCCACUCAACAAGGAAGCCGCGGAGGACUUACGGCUCACUCGCGAAAACUUCAAGAGGAAUGUCAAAAACUCAAUGAAUGGAGGUUAUGUUAAGAAUGUUCAAUUUGAGCGGGUUCUAAAAUAGAUAGACGGGUGACUGCCUGCCUGCUCUCUUUUUUUCUUCUUCUAGCUAGCCUUUUCUAUUUUUACUCUUAUUUCUUUCAUUUUUUCCUCCUAGCUUACCUAGAGAAUAUUGAUUGAAAGUUCCUUUUA